AUGCUACUGCUACUGCUGAUGCUCUUCUGGCUCCUGGCUCCAACUUCCAUGAAGAGACUCCAAUCAGAGGAACUCUACUAUAUGCCUGGUGACCUCAUUAUUGGUGGGAAUUUGCCCUUUGGAGUCGAUCUCAGAUCUACUUCCACAGGCUUUCAAAAGGACCCAUUUGGGCGUCAUGGACAAAAAGCACCCAUACCCAGUAACUACCAACAGAUUUUUGCAUUGAAGUUUGCUGUCAUAGAGGUCAAUAAGGAUUUGCUUCUGCUUCCCAACAUCACCCUUGGAUUCCAUAUCUAUAUUCAUUUCCGGACUGAUAUAGCUAUUUCCUUAAAUAGCCUCUCCAUGCUCUCUUCACAAGGCCAAGUGGUUCCAGGUUACAAAUGUGUCCAACGGGACCCUCUGCUCUCCGUCAUUGGUGAUCUCAAUGCCAAAUCCUCAAGGCUGAUGGACUCCAUCUUCAGCAUCUUUAAGGUCCCACAGCUCGGUGUUGGCUUUGCGUUCUCUCCGGGAGAGAGAAGAGUUUAUCCUUCCUUCUUCCGGAUUAAUCCCAGUGAAUCUGCUCAUUAUGUUGGUUUAGUUCAGCUGCUCCUGCAUUUCCAAUGGAACUGGGCUGGGCUUCUGGCCCCUGAAGAUGAAAGGGGAGAAAGUUUCAUCUCAACUCUGGCGCCAAUGCUCCAGGAGAAGGAGAUCUGCCUGGCCUUCACUGAAACAUUGAAAUUGGAUGAACCUAAGAAUACGGGGGAAAAAUUAUUUAGCAUUUACAAAAUAUAUUCUAAAAUAGAAGUGUUUAUCCUGUUUGGAGACUCCAAUAGUUUUGCCAAUGUACAGGCAUCUGUGUAUUAUUAUCAUGAAAUACUCACAAAGACACCAUUUCAGAAAGUUUGGGUCUUAACUCCUGAUUGGAAAGUUAGUAUGAUGGGAUCUCAGAAUAUGGCAGAAUACAUAAAGCCUUUUCAUGGGGCCUUGCAUUUUAGGGACCACUCUGGGGAUAUUACAGAAUUCAGUCACUUCCUCCUGUCUUUAGACCCCUUGAACCCCAAAGGAGACCUCAUUCUCCCUCUGUGGUGGGAAAGUGUCUUUCGCUGCAAGAUCCACAAACCAGGAAAGAUCCUUUCAAAGCGGGGAAAACAAUGUACAGGAAAGGAGAAUUUACUGGAUCUGCAAGCUUACGUCUUUGAAACAAGAAUGACAGGUGAAAGCUACAAUAUCUACAAUGCUGUUAAUGCUCUGGCACACGCUUUAUAUGCAAUGUAUGGAUCUGGAGCCCAACCGACCAUGAUGAGGCUUGGAAAGAGGAUCUCAAAUGUCCAGUCAUGGCAGAUUUUUCCCUAUUUGAGGAAUGUGCACUUCAACAACAGUGCUGGAGAUGAAGUCUCCUUUUCAGAAGAUGGACUGGGAUCUGCUCGUUUUAAUCUUCUCAACUGGGUUCUCCUCCCCAAUCAAUCUUUUGUCCCCAUAAAAGUUGGGCAAAUAAAUCCUGAGGCUCCCCCAGGCCAGGAUUUCACCAUUAACUCUGAUGGAAUCACCUGGGCCACAAAGGAAGGUCAGCAGAAGAAAGUCAACAUGUGUAUCAUCCUUGCAGGAGGGAUAUUGUGUAUAAUAGUUGCUCAAGAAAUCCUUAGACAAAGACAUUUGAUUUCAGAUGCAGCUCACUGUGAACCCUGCCCAGAAGACCAAUAUCCCAACAUGGACAAGGACCAAUGCAUUGCCAAGAAGCUCCACUUCCUUGCCUAUCAAGACACCCUGGGAUACAUCUUAGUUUUUCUUGCUCUUUUCCUCUCUGGGAUAACUUCAGCAGUCCUGCUUAUUUUCUAUAAACAUCAUGACACACCUAUUGUCAAGGCCAAUAACCGAGACCUCACCUAUAUCCUCCUGGUCUCUCUCUUGCUCUGCUUCCUCUGCUCCUUCCUUUUCCUUGGUCAACCAGGGAAGAUCACCUGUCUCUUCCAACAGGCUGCCUUUGCCAUUCUCUUUUCCCUUGCAGUUUCUUCUGUAUUGGCAAAAACUGUCGUGGUGGUUCUGGCCUUCAUGGCUACCAAGCCAGGGAACAAGACAAGGAAACUGUUAGGAAAACCACUGACCAACUCUAUUGUCAUAGCCUGUCCUCUGGUCCAAGCAAUCCUUUGUGCCACCUGGCUGGGAACCUUUCCCCCAUUUCUUAACUUGGACUUCCACUCCUUGUUUGGAGAGAUCAUCUGGGAAUGUAAGCAAGGCUCAGCUGUAAUGUUUUACAGUGUCCUCUCUUACCUAGGUCUUUUGGCCCUUGUCAGUUUCACAAUGGCAUUUCUAGCUAGGAAAUUGCCUGACAGCUUUAAUGAGGCUAAGUUCAUUACUUUUAGUAUGCUGGUCUUUUGCAGUGUAUGGAUCUCCUUCCUCCCUACAUACCUAAGCACCAAAGGGAAGUCCAUGGUGGCUGUGGAGAUCUUCUCCAUCAUGGCCUCUGGAGCUGCUCUCUUGGUUUGUAUCUUUUCCCCCAAAUGCUACAUUAUUCUUUUGAGGCCUGAUCUGAAUUGUAGAGAAAAUAUAGUAAGGAACAAGACUUUUUAA